UAUGUUUUCACCGCGUUCAAAUUAGCAAACACCAACCCAGAGGAAAGUUGGAAGAAAAAUGACAGAAUCAUCACAAAAAUCUUCAAGAAAAAUCGAAAUAUAGUCUUUACCUUCUGGUAUCAGGAUUAUAAUUGCAGAAUCAAUACUUACAUAAAAUCACAUUUCAUCCAUUCGAGAUAGUUUAAUCAGGUAUUUAAAAUAUGAAGGUAAUUUAUGAAAUGUAUGAAAAGAAUCCUAUUAAAAACUAAGGCCUGUAGAUAUUUAAAUUAUGAAUGAGUACGCUUUGACAUAAGUUUCAUUUGUUAAAGAAUUUAGUGAAAAAAAAGAAUUAAUUGUAAAUAUGCUACUGCAUCUUUUCUUUUACAGAAAUACAAAAUACAUCAAGCAAUGUUUUCAAGAAAAGAAUUAAGCAGAUGAUAUCAAAGAAUUCUAAAGAUUAUUAAUUUUCCAUAAGAAUGAAUUAAAUUCUUUAGAAGUUAGAACUCUCUUAAAUUGGCUCAAUGAUUAUAUUGCCCACUAUGAUUUAUUUUAUUUUAAAGCAUUAUCUGAUGAUGGAUUAGAUAUAGUUUACAAUGUAGUUUUGGACAUUCCUACUUUUGUACCUCCAUUAUCCUAAGCAAAUUUUAUACCUUAGAAUGUACUUCAUCUUAUCCAAUUAGAAUAAAUAAAAUGCAGAAGUUGAUUCAGAAGAAGAGGAAAAGUAUGCCAAAAGAAGAAUGAAAAUGGAAAAGUAAAAUUAAGACUUAGAUGAUGAAGAGUAAGAGAAUUAAGAUCAAACAGUGAAAUAUGAUAAUGAAUAAAAAAAACCUAAUGAAUUUGAGGAAUACAUAUAACAAUAGGUCUUUGGAACUUCAUAAUAACUAUUUUAAAAAAUAGAGGAGCAAAAUAAAAUAAUUAUUGAAUAAGUAGAAAAAGAGAACAAUAAAAAAAAAAAAUGA